GUUUAUUGAAUAAAGUCAAAUAUUAUCGCAUGCGACAACGAAUGGUAUUUUCAGUUGUGGAGUGCCUCCAGGGUGGGGAGGUGGCGCUAGGUCCUCUCCGAAUACCCACUCGAUAGCGAGAUAAAAAUCGUGAGGACGCGUGUGCGAACGAGCGUGACGAACGGGCGAAGAGAAACGAACCGGGACGUGACAUAUUCCGUGAGCAAGAGAGAGCGAUUUUUUCAUCUAACAAAAAACACAGAAGCGGCUGGACGCAAACUCCACUUCCGGAUCCGAAAAAUUAACGGUUCGACGUCGCUGAUCUGCAACGACGGAAUUUAUUGAGCUAGCCGCGUCGAUCGAACGUGGUCGUUCGAAAUUCACUCUCCGAUCUCGAUCUUUCCGCUUCAAACACAUCCUCGAACAAUUAUUUAAACCUUUUUCAAAAGCGAAACACAGUGCAACGGUCGUCGCCCGAGGAAGCAGCGCAUUUUGUUCGCCGCGAAUAACAAGUAACAGUGAACAUGAAUCCGAAAAGCUUUUCGGCUUACUCGUUCGUCCUAUGCGCGCUCGUGGUGACGAAAAACUGCGGAGUUUCAUCCGAGAAGUCGACCGUCGAUGAAUGCUCACAGAACGAAGGUCGAGCUUUUGUUGAUGGGGAUGUUCAGAGCUGUCCGGUCAGUCCUACGCUCGAGAAAACCAAAAGUCCGAGCUCAAAGAUGCUCGAAUUCGUAAAAGAAUCUUCGCACGCCGUUCAAGAUACUCUCAUCUUAACCGUUGCUUCGAACGAGACCGAUGGAUUCAAGCGUUACAUACGAUCGGCGCGAGUCUAUGGAAUCGUGGACAACAUCAAAGUGCUUGGAAUGGGAAAAGCAUGGAAAGGAGGAUCGAUGUUGUCCACCGGUGGUGGAUACAAGAUACGAUUGUUGAAGCAAGAAUUGAGUGCCUACAAGGACGACCGCGAGAAGAUAGUGCUGUUUACGGACGGAUACGAUGUCAUAUUCCUCAGUAGUUUGGAUGAAAUAAUAAAAAAAUUCAAGAGCUUCGACGCUCGCAUAUUGUUCUCCUCCGAGGCCAGCAUUUGGCCCGACAAAUCUUUGGCCGACAAGUACCCGUCCGUAAGCCGAGGAACUCCUUACCUUAAUUCCGGAGGUUUCAUCGCGUACGCCUCGGAUCUUUACGAAUUGAUUCACAGAGUCGAGGUCGCGGACAACGACGACGACCAAUUAUUCUUCACGAAACUUUAUUUGGAUCCGAUGAUCCGUAAACAUUUUCAUUGGAAGCUGGAUCAUCGAUCGGAAAUAUUUCAAAACCUGUACGGAGUGACCGCGGAUGUCGCGCUGAAUUUCAAAUCCGGCCAGGCUUACCUCCGAAAUUCAGCUUACGAUACGACUCCAUUGAUCGUUCAUGGAAACGGACUGAGCAAAUUAGCCCUUAAUUCGUUGGGCAAUUACCUGGCACGUGGAUGGACCGAAAAGGAUGGAUGCCUCAGCUGCUGGGACGAUACGAUCGAGCUACCUAAAGAUAAACCCGAAUCUUGGCCCACCAUUGUUAUGGGAAUAUUCGUCGACGUAGCAACUCCAUUCUUGGAAGAGUUUUUAGACAAAAUCAGGCUUCUCUCUUAUCCUAAAUCGAAAAUUCAUCUCUUCACUUACGUCGAUGUGGCCUAUCACGAAGAAAUUGUUGAAAAAUUCGUCACUGAACACGGCAAAAAGUAUGCCAGCGUCAAGAAAAUAGUGCCUGGUGACAGUGUCCAGAAUUCUCACGCUAGACAUUUGGCCAUGGAUUACUGCUUGUUAAAAAAUUGUGGAGCAUUUUUCCACGUUGAUUCUGCGUCUCACUUAGACAACAAACAUACACUGAAGCUUCUCGUGGAACAACAGCGCAGCAUCGUCGGGCCCAUGCUCGUUCGAUCUGGUAGCACUUGGAGUAAUUUUUGGACUGCGAUUGCUGACAAUGGUUAUUAUGCACGUGGUUUCGACUACAUGGAAAUUGUCGAAAAUAAAAGACGAGGAUUGUGGAACGUACCUUACCUCACCCAUUGUUACUUGGUCAACGCAACGAUCUUGAAGAAUCCCUCUACAAAACCUUCCUAUUCUGAUGGUGAUUUGGACUUCGACAUGGCAUUCGCCCAGUCGAAUCGGAAACACGACGUUUUCAUGUUCGUCAGUAAUCGAUUGGAUUUCGGACAUCUCGUAAACUACGAUAAUUUCAAUACUCAAUUAACGAAUCCUGAAAUGUACGAGAUUUUUAACAACAAAUACGACUGGGAAGAGCGCUAUAUUCAUGAUAAUUAUAGCGCCAUUUUUGAAGAUGGUUAUAAACCGAUGCAGCCUUGCCCGGAUGUAUACUGGUUCCCAGUAACCACUGAAAGAUUCACCAAAGAUCUCAUCUCACUCGUCGAAUCGUAUGGUAAAUGGUCUGACGGAUCGAAUAACGAUCCAAGAAUCGAGGGUGGUUACGAAAAUGUGCCCACUCGUGACAUUCACAUGAAACAAGUUUCGUUCGAGCCUCAUUGGCUUCGUUUUCUCAGAGAUUAUGUCCGGCCGCUCCAGGAACUCGUCUUCACCGGAUACCUUCACGACCCACCGCACUCCCUUCUGAAUUUCGUCGUUCGCUACAAGCCUGAUGAGCAACCGUCGCUAAGACCUCAUCACGAUGCAUCGACCUACACGAUCAACCUAGCCUUGAACCAAGUUGGAAAAGAUUACGAAGGUGGAGGUUGUCGUUUCAUACGUUACAAUUGUUCGGUGACCGACACGAAACCUGGCUGGAUGUUGAUGCAUCCUGGAAGAUUGACUCAUUAUCACGAGGGGCUUCCGGUAAAAAAAGGCACAAGAUACAUCAUGAUUUCCUUCAUAGAUCCGUAGAUAGAGAAGCGACAAGAAUAUCCGUCGAAUAACUUGUUGCACGACAAGAAAAAAGAGAUUCCUCACGAAGACCAAGCACUGAAUGUUUAUAUUUAAGGUAGUUCUAAAGCAGAUGUACUUUUUUUAACGAAAUGAAAUUUCAAACGUGUUUGCAAGCCGGCGAGAUUCGAACACUCGCUGAAAAACUUUAAAUAUUCCAUGUAAAAUUUGUUACAAGCAUCAUUUUACCGAAUGAUCCUGUUAUACCAGAACUACCUUAAUUUCGUUACCCUCGUUACAAUAAUAGAUGGAUGAAAUACGUUGAAGACUGCCAAAAAAAGCCCUCAAAAAAAUCAUGAAAACGUAUCUCUAAAGUGUUCAAUUAAACAGACCAAUCAUCUGUUUUCAAAAAUAAUAUAUGUAGUACUAAAAAUAUUUUUUAUAUCUCAAAUCCGUAUUUCAAGAAGGUGCAUAUUUCUACCAGAUUAUAUUUAAUUUUAACGAAUAGACAAGUCGAAUUAUUGUAAAUACUCAAAACCGAUUUAAAUAUAAAAUGACUUGUGAAUA